AGAAAUCUAUAAAUGGUAUCAUUUGCAAUUAACUUCGUGUCACUUACAGAUUUUAGUUGCUAUGUUUUCGGAGUUUACUUAUAUAUCUCUAUUGGUAAGAAAAUAUGGUUAUGACGUGGAAAAUCCGUUGGAAAUCUUGAAGUAUUUACCUUGGCCAAAUAUCCUUUCAUGUAUAAUUGCACUAAUAAUGAUUAAAGGGGUUCGUGAAGAAUCAAACCGUAUAAUGAUUGUUACUUAUCUUUUUAGAUUAAUUCUUUAUGUAUAUUAUAUUUAUGUAAUAAUAAAAGUAUCUAAAGAAAUAUCUGUUAAUCCUAAUAACGCAAGAAGGAUAAUUGAUAUUGUUUAGAGCAUAAUUUCAAUUUUUCUAAUAACAAUUACAAUGAUAAAUUCAAUAAUUUGUCAUAAUAAGUUUGGAAAAGGCUUAAAAGAUUAUCUAUUAAAAGAAGAACUGGAACCAUUUAAGGAAUCAUAUUAUUAUAAAGAUGAUCUUGAUGAUUAUUAUGAACGAACGUAAAAUGACUCUACUUAAUUUAUCAGCACAUUUUUUUUUUUAACGUUAAAUUUUUUAAAUUUUUAAAUUAAUAAUUACAAUAUAAUUUUAUCAUAUAUAUAUAUACAGUACAUACAUAUAUAUUUUUUA